UGUGGUUAUUUUUUAUUUCCUCAUUUGAGAAUCAAUCCAAUAUCUAACGAAGCAGAACAUACGAAUCAUUGUAUCACGACCCCUACUAUUUCAUGCCAAGUUGUUCAUGCCACAGCAAGGCCAAUGCGCAGAGAUCAUGAAAAUAUGCUAAGACGUCGUUUGCUUGUGUUUUUUUUUUUGCAUAAGGACUGAAUAUUGGUGUUUACGUCGUGCUCGUCGUUCAAUGACGUCAAUGAACCUCAUGAGUCAUUCGUUUCUGACGUCUUUCCUGACAUCAUGACUCAUCCUCGCAGCGUUGCACGCGAGGGAAAGUGAGACCACCUGAUGCUGACCAUCAGUAAACAGAAGCCGCAGCGAGCCGUAGCAGUCAGCAGGGAUUUGAUAGGUACGAUCUUAAAGUAGCAAAUUUUUGCAUUUAUACAAACAUUGGCCGAGUUGAGCCAUAUUCUGUGCAUUUUAUGGAGGCCGUUUUGAACAGUAAACGAGAGGACUUUGAGGAUUACUACGGGUUACUGGGUUGUGACGAAUUAUCUUCGACCGAACAAAUAACCAACGAAUACAAAAUCCGAGCCUUGACCUGCCAUCCUGACAAACAGCCAGAGAACCCCAAAGCUGUUGCAGAUUUUCAAAAGCUGCAGGAAGCUAAAGAGGUUUUAUGCCAUGAAAGCAAAAGAAAAAAUUAUGACCUUUGGACACGAAGUGGAGUCACUAUUUCAUUCCACGACUGGCAAGCCUUGAAGGACUCUGUGAAAACGUCAAUGCACUGGGCCGUGAGAGCUAAAAAGGAACCUAUGUUGGAAGAGGCGAAAUCUGAAUUUGCAAUGAACUCCCAAGCCGAAGAAAUACCUGUUGAGCAAAAUGCAUCAGAAGAGGACUCCCAUGAACCGGUGUCGUCCUUUGGUGUCCACCACCGUUUCAGAUGGGCUUCGGACUCCCCCUCUACUCUGCUUCAGAAGUUUAGGAACUAUGAGAUCUAAAAGUUCAUCCCAGAGUCUCUGUAUGUGUGGUUAUGGUUACAAUUACAAUGUAUCAUAUUACAAAGGUCACUGUUAUAUUCAACUAUAACACACAUUUUGUACGUUUUAAAUGUGGACCAAAUUUGCUUUUUUCAGUAAUUCAAGUAUUGUAUAUCGUUUUGUAUAUGCUUUGAAUAUUUAUCAGCCGUUGUUUUACUGUGGUACAGCAGGUGGUACAAUUAGGCAGAUGAGGGUUUAGAAUAUAUUAAAUCAUAAUUGUUGUCAUCAUUAAUUAUGUCGAACACUGUGAAGUGAAGGGAUGUAUUGUUUCCUCUCCCAGAGACAUGACUCACCAAUGUGUAAUACAGAUUGAGCAGAUAUAUUCCAUUUUGCAAACAUAAUUAGAGGCACUGAGUCACCUCAUCAAUUCAACGACGUCUUAAGAAGCGCAGCAUCCUUUAGGUGGAUUAGGUAAAGGUUAACAAGGGGAAUAGUGUUUUCAAAUAGAAGGCUUUGACUACCCUAUAAAUGUGUACAUUUUUCAAUGAAUCUACAAAUGUUGCAUACUUGUGACAAGUAGGCCUAUAAGUUUCAUAAUAACAAAAUUAUCAUUCAUUUAUUCAGCCAAAGUGUACUGUAAUAACACACAAUUACUUCAGUAGGUUCAUACAUUUAAAAAUAAUCUGACAGUCAUUGAUAAUUAUUUUGAUUUUCAUCUAGGAUUUACAUUCAGUGCUCACUACAGACUUGGUGUAUUGUUAUAUUUUAUGUAAACUGUUUGUAAUAUGCAUAUAACAUACUUCAAGCGAGACCUGAAUGGUUCAUAAUGUUGCCAGCAAACCAAUGUUUACUUCCAUAGCACAAUAAGCACAUUAUUAUUAACAUUAUUAAAUACAAAUUAUUAUUCCAA